GAUGUGUGUGUUUCUGUACAGGUGGUAACUGCUAUGGGGCGCACAUGGCAUCCAGAGCAUUUUGUGUGCACACACUGCCAGGAGGAGAUUGGUUCCAGAAACUUCUUUGAGAGGGAAGGACAGCCAUACUGCGAGAGAGAUUACCAUCAUUUAUUCUCUCCGCGCUGCUACUACUGUAACGGACCCAUACUGGAUAAAGUGGUGACAGCGUUAGAUAGAACGUGGCAUCCCGAGCACUUUUUCUGUGCUCAGUGUGGGGCGUUCUUCGGUCCUGAAGGAUUUCAUGAGAAAGAUGGAAAGGCGUACUGUCGUAAAGACUACUUCGAUCUCUUUGCUCCUAAAUGUGGAGGCUGUGCUCGUGCCAUCCUGGAGAAUUACAUCUCUGCCCUGAGUGCCCUCUGGCAUCCAGAGUGUUUUGUGUGCAGGGAGUGCUUCACACCCUUCGUCAACGGCAGUUUCUUCGAGCACGACGGUCAGCCGUACUGUGAGGUUCAUUAUCACUCCCGCCGUGGGUCGCUGUGUUCCGGCUGUCAGAAACCCAUCACGGGCCGCUGCAUCACAGCCAUGGGCAAGAAGUUUCAUCCUGAGCAUUUUGUCUGUGCCUUCUGCCUCAAGCAGCUCAAUAAGGGCACCUUCAAAGAGCAAAAUGACAAGCCUUACUGCCAGGGCUGCUUCAUCAAGCUCUUCAGCUAGAUAGAUGUCUGACUGACCGACUGACUGAGUGUGUGAGUGUGUAAGUCUGCAUGUUGUAUUGUUUGCCUGUUUUGUGUGUGCGUAUAUGUGUGCGUGUAUUUGUUAAUCCGGUUUAUGUGUCUGACUCUCAACGUCCCCACAUGACAUUGCUGGUCAGGUUAAAACGAUGGUGCCAUGAUAUGUGCUCUCAAAAGCCAGGCUGUUUUUAGAGGGUAUUAGAGGAAAGUUCAGCUGAGACUAGAGUUCUUUUUAGAGAAAGUGUGUGAGUGUUUUCUGCUCACUGGAUGAGCUGGACAGAAACUGUUUGAUGAUGAGAACAGUACAGGAGGGAUGAUGGGAAACGUGUGCAGCAUGAACGUAUGAGACACAAUCAACAGAGGUAAAUGAAAACAGCUAAAUGAGUGACUGGAAGUCAAACGAAUAACCAACUGGAGCCAAUAAUUACUGGUGACUCUCAUGAACGAAUCCAGGUCAUAUUUCAGUCUGAAACCAAGAGGAAAGAUAAGAAAUUAUAUUUUCCAUUAAAAACA